AUGCAGCCCGGCAAAUUGGCAGACCCAUAUCGAGGCUUUUCUGUUCCCUAUUCCAACGCGGAGAAGCCCAACGAUCAUGAUUUGAUCACCUACGAUGGGGCGAAUUCUCAGCAGCCGCGGGAAAGGCUCCUAAGCGGCCUUCCCUACCACUCUGAAGACGCCAACGCAUCCCACUUUGGCACAACACACAUGCAGGCAGUGCUGCCUUUGCCAGAUCCCCAGACAGGCGGCCACCACGAGGCGCACCAUCCAGCUUUCGCCUCAGUACACCAACUGCUUCACCCGCCGCCAUAUAACUACGACAUAUCAUACUCACCUGAGAGCAGCAGAAAACGAACUCGAUCAAACAGUGGCACAGGAAACCAACAUCAACACCAACACCACCAUCGCAGAUUAGAUCACACCAUGCCUCCCUCACAACCCAUUCACCUCGGGCCUAUGGAUCUCUCGGGCCCACCCCCUGAGUCUGACAUAUUGUUCCCCAUGCAGAGUGACCACUCUGGUUCCCAUCUUUCCUCGAACCACAGCUAUGCAUCCCCGAUGUCGCUUUCGCUUCCCCUUCCCAUCCCGCAGCAGCAUCACCAUCACCGACUGCCAGCUCAGGCAAACCUGAGGGAGAAAGGCCCCCAGCCUGGACCUCCGAAUAUGGUUGGUCAGCCUGGGAUGCCCCCUCCGGCUCCGAGACCCAAGGGACCAAAGCUCAAGUUUACUCCCAAGGAGGACUAUCUUUUGGUGGAGUUGAAGGAGGAAAAGAACUUGACUUGGAAGCAAGUCGCGGAUUUCUUCCCCGGGCGCAGCAGUGGAACCUUGCAGGUUCGAUACUGCACGAAGUUGAGGGCGAAAGAAGCGAACUGGACUGAUGAAAUGGUGGAGAAGCUUCGCCUUGCAGUGCGGGCCUAUUCGCGUGAUCGGUGGAGAAUAAUUUCAACUAAGCUUGGUCCUGGAUAUAAUGCGUUGGCAUGUGAGGAACGGGCGAAGGAAUUCCCACCAGAGCCAGAAAGUGACAGUGAGGAGGAUUCAGAGUGA